GUAAGUUAUACACGUGAGGAUGUACCAAUCUAAUUGUAAUCUUUGCUUACGUAGAAUUUUUUUUGAACCACUGUCAAAUUCUAUAUUAAUAUUAAUAACGCAUUGUUUUAAAAUUAAAACAACGAAAUGUAUUUGUAAAAAUUGAUAAUGCUCAACGUUUUCGUAUACAUAUAUAGAGAUGAUAUAUAUAUAAAUAUAUAUAAAUUUUAUUAAUAUUACACAAAACGGAAUUAUUAAAUUGUAACAUCAUGUAUAGACGUAUUUUAUUAUUUGAAAGCGCAAUAUUUCAAAAUAAGUGCAAUUUUAAUAAACAAUAUAUAGAACGAAUGUAUAUGGCUGAUAUUUUGAAAACAAAAGAAUAUGAAGGUCGUAAAUUAAUAGGAUUUUCAAUGGAUCAAAUAUACAGUGUUGUAGCUGAUGUACAAAAUUAUAAAGAGUUUGUUCCAUUUUGUAAAAAAUCCGAUGUUAUAUUCAAAAGUGAUGAUAUGCUCAAAGCUAAUCUGGUAAUAGGUUUCCCACCUAUAAAUGAAAGUUAUACAUCAAUAGUAACGACAAUGCGUCCACAUUUAGUAAAAGCUGAAUGUUCAGAUGGUAGAUUAUUUAAUCAUUUAAAUACAUUAUGGCUUUUCAGUCCAGGAUUAAAAAAUAAUGCUCAAACCUGCGUUAUUGAUUUUUCUUUAUCAUUUGAAUUUAAGUCGAUUAUUUAUUCACAUUUAUCAAAUUUGUUUUUUAAUGAAAUCGUGAGACAAAUGGAAAAUGCUUUUAUUGAUGAAGCCAAACGUAGAUAUGGAAGACCAUGUAUAAAAACAGUACGAUUAGAAAGAUGAUAUAUAAUUAUAUUAAAUUAAUAAUAAAUAAUAAUUAACAAAUUAAAAUAUUCAAAAUAUUGUAAUUUAUAAAUAAAAAAAAUAGUUUUAAACAUUUUUCUUUUUCAAUUUUAUAUAACUUUCUCAAAUUAAAUAUUUAAUAAUUUUUUAAACAUUUUCCUUUUUCAAAUUUAUAUAAAUUUUUUUCAAACUAUAAAUUGUAAUACACACACACACACACACACACACACACACACACACACACAUAUAAUACACAUACAUAUAUAGUUAUAAAUUAUAAUUUUAUAAUUAUAAUAAUUUUUCGAAAUAUUUAAUAUAAUUAUACUGUGGCAAUUUAAUAUAUUACGUAUACAUUAUUUAAUAUUAUUAUAUACAUAUAUUAUUUAAUACAUUACUUAAGUAUGUACUUAUAUAUAAUCUAUAAUAAAAUUAUUGCAAAUUCUUUUCAUAUAACAUAAUAAUUUAUAUUUAUAUAUUAUAUAUGUUUAUGUUAUUUAUUAAUUUGUAAAUUAAAAACUCAAGUAUUUGAAAAAUAAAUUAUUAUAAUUAAUUAA